GAUGUUAGCCAGCUAUGCUCGGAAGUGGCAGCAGAUGAAGCCCAUCCCCACCGUGGCCAGAGCCUACCCCUUGGUGGGACACGCGCUGCUGAUGAAGCCGAACUCCAAGGAAUUUUUUCAACAGCUAAUGCAGUACACAGAAGAAUUCCGACACAUGCCUCUGCUGAAACUCUGGAUUGGGCCAGUGCCAAUGAUUGUCCUUUAUCAUGCAGAAAAUGUGGAGGUAAUUUUAACUAGUUCGAAGCAAAUUGACAAAUCCUAUGUGUACAAGUUCAUGGAGCCAUGGCUUGGCUUAGGACUUCUUACAAGUACUGGAAUCAAAUGGCGCUCUAGGAGAAAAAUGUUAACGCCCACUUUCCAUUUUACAAUUCUGGAAGAUUUCUUAGACGUCAUGAAUGAAAAAGCAAAUAUAUUGGUUAAUAAGCUUGAAAAACAUGUUAACCAAGAGGCAUUUAACUGCUUUUUUGAUAUCACUCUUUGUGCCUUGGAUAUAAUUUGUGAAACAGCUAUGGGGAAGAAUAUUGCUGCUCAAAGCAAUGAAGAUUCCAAGUAUGUCCGUGCACUUUAUAGGAUGAGUGAUAAGAUUUUUCGAAGAAUGAAGAUGCCCUGGUUUUGGCUUGACACUUGGUACCUUAUGUUUAAAGAAGGACGAGAACACAAAAGGGACCUAAAGAUCCUACAUACUUUUACCAAAAAUGUCAUUCAUGAAAGGAUCAAUGAAAUGAAGGCAAAUGAAGAAAGUAAAGGUGCUGACUCGGGUCCUGUCCUCUCCACAAAGAAGGGCAAGGCUUUUCUUGACUUACUUUUAAGUGUGACUGAUGACGAAGGGAACAAGCUAAGUCCUGAAGAGAUUCGAGAAGAAGUUGACACUUUCAUGUUUGAGGGCCAUGAUACAACUGCAUCUGCAAUAAACUUGUCCUUAUACCUAUUGGGUUGGUAUCCAGAAAUCCAGAAGAAAGUGGACAGUGAACUGGAUGAAGUGUUUGGGAAAUCCAAUCGUCCUGUGACUUUGGAAGACCUGAAGAAACUUAAAUAUCUGGAAGUUGUCAUUAAGGAGUCCCUUCGCCUUUUUCCUCCUGUUCCUUUAUUUGCCCGGCGACUUAAUGAAGAUUGUGAAGUGGCGGGUUACAAAGUUGUGAAAGGCACUGAAGCUAUUAUCGUUCCCUAUGCAUUGCAUAGAGAUCCAAGGUUCUUCCCAAAUCCUGAGGAAUUCCAGCCGGAACGGUUCUUUCCUGAAAACGCACAAGGACGCCAUCCGUACUCAUAUGUGCCCUUCUCUGCUGGACCUAGGAACUGUAUAGGUCAGAGGUUUGCUGUGAUGGAAGAAAAGACCAUUCUUUCCUAUAUCCUGAGAUGGUUUUGGGUAGAAUCCAGCCAGAAAAGAGAAGAACUUGGCCUCUCAGGAGAGUUGAUUCUUCGACCAAAUAAUGGCAUUUGGAUUACACUGAAGAGGAGAAAUUCAGAUGAAUCCCAACUCUGUACUCCAGCUGUGCCCUUAUCAUGAAAAAAGAUCCUUGGAGAAGAGAAAUAGGAAAUUUAUGAUUUCUAGAUCAUGAGUUCAAUAUUCUGAAUCAGCAGAGCUAAUUGUUUCUUGUCCCCAAUGAUCUUGGGAUCCAGUAUAUCAAUCAGAGAGUUUUGAAUUUUCAUAACCACCAUAGAUGUUACGUUACACCUGAUCUUGCCUUCCAGGGUACAAUUAGCUGAGUCAGUACCAAAAGAAACAUAUAACAAGUUUCUCAACAGAGGGAUCCACAGAUCAAUUCAAUUUCAUCUGAUAGAUUUAAAGUAUAUCAUUUAAUUGAAGCUCCAGAAUAUUUUAGUUAUUCUGGUUGACUCUGGAAUAUAUACAAGGGGUGAAACAUAUAGUGAAUGUUUAGUUAAAACUAUUACUCCCUGGGCUGAGGAUGUAACUCAGUGGCACUCCCAUCUGCCUGGCAAGCACAAGGUGCUGAGUUUGAUCCCCAGUACUGGAAAAAAAAAUAUUACUCCUCUGCACAUUGCCAUUAAUGACCCCUCAAAGUAUUCUCUCUGACUUGAGAAACACUUAUCCCAUUGUUACCACUUUCUGAAGCAAUUCUGUAAAGCCUCUUUCACAUCUUCAUGAGGUGUGAUUCCAAAAUGUGGUGAAUUUGA